ACUUAACGAAAAUAUUCAGAUAUUAAGCAUUCAGCCGCACAGUGUGGAAGAGCUGAAAGAGCUUGAGGAAACCUUCAGUAAGUGCAAUGAUGAAAUUCCUGUGUUAAUGAAUGAAAUAGAUAAAAUCGUUCUGUAUUUUAAUGUACUAGAAAAAUAUGUGUCAGACCUUCUGCCAGAAGCAUUUGAACUAUACAAGAACAUAGAUGAAAUUUGGAAAUCAUACUUGGCUUACAUAAAUUAUAUAAAAGAACAAAUUGAAGUGUAUCAAAAUCAAUUCAAGCUAUCUAUGAAUAUGGAGGUUGAAAAACUUAAAGUAAAUGCAUUAGAAAUGUUGAAAAUGCUUGAAUAUACGAUGCCUAUCGAUGACGAAAUGGAAUCCGAGCAAGCAUUUAACAUUAUUGAAAAUUUGAUGACCAAACUUGAAGAACUUGAAUCCGAGGAAAAUAAAAUAGCUGAAAAAAUGCGAUUGCUGGGCGUCGAAUAUAAAAUGAUGAAUGAAAUUCAAGAAAUAAGAAAAAAGCUGGAAGAUAUAAAGGCGAUUUGGAUUUUUUCUGAAGGAUGGACGGCUUUUAAGGUGAAAUUUUUGGAUCAACAAUAUACAGCAAUAGAUUUAGACUACCUGUCAGAAAACAUGAUGAUUCUUAUGAAAUCUUUCAAUGAUUUGAAAUCGAGUAUUAAUAAAACUGAAUAUCCAAUUUAUAUAUCAACGGAAAUGGAAGUAACGAAUUUUGACACAAUUGUGAAAAUAAUCGUUCAGUUAAAAUCAUCUCAAAUGAGAGAACGUCAUUGGACAUCAAUUUCAGUGUUUUUGAAAAUCUCAUCUCUGCAUGAAGAUGUGUUGACGCUGAUUGAUAUGGUUGAUAAUAAAUUUGACCAAUAUGAAGAUUACUUUCAACAUAUAUGUCAUGUAGCAAGAAAGGAAUACGAAAUUGAAACUGAAAUCGAUUUGAUUGCAAACGGAGCUAAUAAAAUCAAAAUAAAUGUAAAGGAAACUAAUGGAGUAUUCACUAUAGCGAAUACUACGGAAAGCUACAAAUUGUUGCAACACUAUAUUAUGAAAGUUGACCAACUAAAUUUGUCGAAAUAUCGAAAUCCUUUUCAGAAAUUAAUAAACUAUUGGGAGGAAAUACUUAACUAUGAGAAAGAUCUUCUUGAUUCUGUUAUAAAAACAGAGCAAAAAUGCAAUGUUCUUCAUGAUCUUUUGAAACCUGCAGACAAAUCGAUUGACCUUCAAGAUAUCCUGACCACAUAUAGAUAUUCUUACAAACGAUGGACCCAUCUUAUGAAUUUUAUCAGAUAUUCAAACUUAAGAUUGGAUAUCUGUACGAAAGGAUUGCAGCUGUUACUCGAAGUCGAAGAUUUGUGCGAUAAUUUCGAAAGAAUUCUCGAUGCAUUGAGAGUGAUGCUUGAAAAAGAAAGAAACAAUUGUUUCAGAUUUUAUUUGGUUCCAGAUAUCGAAAUGAUUGAUCUUUUGGCGCAUCCUACAGAUCUCAAGCAACUUAAAAAAGCUUUAACAUACUGCUUCGAAAACAUUGGAAAUGUAAUAACUAAACGGGUGGCAAUGCCACAAAAGGUCGAUCGUUGGGAAUUAUCAGGUAUCCUAACCUAUGAUGACGAAAAUAUAAUGUUCAUCGAUCCGAUAACAAUAGAUUAUGCAUAUACUGCUGGUCAAACUGUGAAUCAACUGGAAAGUUAUCUAAGAUUAGCACUAAUAAAAAAUGUGAAAAUUUGCUUGCACAAGUUGAAGCUAAACUAUUUCAACCGCAUUAGUAGUGGAUGGCUGUACAAUUUUCCUCGUCAAGUAUGCUUUAAAUGUUCACAUAUUGAAAAUACACUUCUCAUACGGAAUGCAUUGUUGCAAACAGAACUUCUGGAAAAAAGCAAACCUUUAAAAAUGUUGAAAAUAAUGCACAAAAAGCUCCUUGAUGGACUAGUGACAGAUUUUACAGCAGCGCCCGAAUCUUCCAGCAUGUCGAAAAAAAAGACAUUAUACGACUACAUCUUAACUGAAACCAAUAUACGAGAUGUAAUUGGAAAUUUGCUUGCUACGAAAGUCAAAGGAUUGAAAAAUUUUGAAUGGUUAUCAUUACUUCGUGCAGUUUGGAAUGAGGAGAAAUCAACAUGUGCUAUUUUACAUUUGAAUAGUAGCUUCCAUUACGGCUUUGAAUGUAAAUAUUAUUGCGAACCUGUAACUUUUGCUGCUCACACAAAUAGAAUGAUUUUGACACUAACAAGUGCCAUAAAAAAUAUGUAUGUGCCCUGUUUAUAUGACAGUCAUGAUUUAUGUCUUGGAAUUAUUCAGCAGCUUUCGUAUGAACUAGCUGUUUUCAUGCUCGUGAUUAAUGGCCACCAAAAUUUAAGAAUCGCAAGUAUUCAACAGUUCUUGAUUGGCCUAACGAAAAUGAAAUCAUGGGUAUGUUUCAGUGCAUACCAAAAGAUUCCAGACGAGAUUCGAGUAAAAAUCAAUGCUAGCGUUCGAAAUAUGAUUGCUGCACGAGAUAAACUGAAGAUAAUUGAUUUGAAAAAUAUAAAAGAAGAAACUAGUUUUCAAAUUUUUGUUCUUUCCUCUGACAAAAAGAGCAUAGAUUUGGAUCGAACUAUCCUGCGUACAAUAGGCUUGGAUUCGCCUGAUCAUCUGAUUGCCACGCAAAAUUGUUUAUUUUCGCUAGGAAUACAGGAUUUUCGUCGAAUGGCUCAUGUUAUACACAAGUUCAUAAAUCGUAUUUCUUUGCAACUUCCGGAUCAAAAACAUCAAUGGAGUAUUUCGAAUAUUCGCAAAAUAAUUUCAACUUGUCUAUGUGACUCACCAAUUCCAGAAACGUCUUCCGAAUAUGCGAUCAUUGGCAGCUUGAUUGUUAAUGAAUUCACGCCAAGCUUACCUAAACAUACAAUUGAUAUAUUCACUGACACCGUUUCGACUUAUUUCUCUAUUGAGGGAGAUACGAUUGAAUGCGUGGGAAUAGAUCCUCGUAUAAAUGAAAGCAUGAACCUCCUUAAUUUAACGAUAACAGAAACCUUCGUUAGCAAAGUGCAACAAAUAAUGUCCAUCUUGUCGAUGCAUUUACCUUUAGUUCUCAUAGGAGGUGUCGGCAGCGGUAAAUCAAAUCUAUUGAAAAUAGCUCUUGAUGUUUUAUCAAACGGUGGCGAUCGUUCGAUUCGGCCAUACUUUUUAUAUUUCGAACAAUCUUCAAAACAUCUACCACUAAAUAAGGAUCGAGUGGAUAAUAUGAUAACGCGUUUAUUGAAAUCGAAAAAACAUAUAAGAAAAUGCCUUAUUUUUGAUGGCACUUUGCCAAAUACGCUACUGGAGCAUUUUACCACUGAUAAUGAAUAUAUAAGUAGCGAUCUUUCAAAGAUUUCAUACGAUUCUGUAUCAUUGAAUAUCGUUUUCGAAAUAUGUGAUUUAAGCGAAUGUGAUCCGGCUUCAUUAAAUAAAACCAAAAUUGUAUAUGUUGACGAAGGUUGCGUCGAGUGGAAACAAGUAGUUUCAUCAUGGUUGUCUGCAAGCACAUUACAUGAGAAUAUUAAAAAUCAAUUUGUUGAAUUUUGUGAUCAAUAUCUCGAGCAAUUUGUAAGGUUUAGAACACAAAACUCUGAUAACAUGUUAAUCAACACAGAUAUCAAUAUCAUUCGAACAUUUAUCAUACUGUUUGAAAAACUAUGUAUAGAGUAUCAAGAAGAAAAUCGCCAGUAUAGUGAAAAUGUUCCAAUACCUGUCAUAAGAAAGAUGUUCGUAUUUGCUGGAAUAUGGUCUAUAGGAGCACUGAUGAACGAAAAAGAGCGUGAAAGAUUUGAUAUUUACGUACGUGAACAAUUGGCUGAUUCAGAUUCUUGUUUUCCUCUCAAAGGAACAAUCUUCCAAUAUUACAUUGAAUCCAAUGGAAUAUCGUCGGAUUGGGUAAUUUGGAAAUCGUAUCACAUUGAUAAAAAAUUGGAUGAUUCCUGCGAAUUCGUCUUCCAUUUGGAAAACAUUCCAUGUUACUAUUUUGUUAAGCAUUUCGUAGAUCUGAAUCUCCCUAUAUUACUAACAAGUGAUAAAUCUAACGUAAAAUCAGCAAUGCUAAAACAUAUAUUAGAAAGAAAUGGUGAUGAGCAUACAAUUUGCAGUACAAUUAUUAGCAGGAACACACAGUCCCAAGAUUUACAAAAUAUUCUCAAGGCAUCAUCUUAUAACAUUGCAAAAGAAAUAUUAUAUCCUAAAAAUCGCAAAUCAAUGACAUGGUUAAUAGAAGAUCUUCACAACACCCUUGACCAACAAACAGAUACCGUGGAGUUUUUAAGGCAUUUCACUGAGCACAAAUUUUGGUACGAGCAUGAUAUGCUUUACAACUUGAAGAAAACCAACGUGUCGACGACAAUGAAAAAUCUACAUUCACUGAACAAUAACAAAUUAAACUCCUCAAGGCUUUUGAACAAAUUCACCGCAAUCAACCUGAUCCCAUACGAUCAAGAAACUAUGGCAUCAAUUUUUAGCGUAAUAAUAAAUGCUCAACAAAAUAAUCUCCUGAGGAUAUUGGCGCCUUCUACUGUGGACUUAAUACUUGGACUUUCAGUGCAAUUCCCUUCUUCUCCAAACAAACCGCGAUAUCAGUUUUCCAUUAAAACAGUUGCUAGAAUCUUGCAUGGUUUUCUAUUAUCUAGCGCCAAAACAAAUAUAUCUGAUAAGAGUUCAUUGCUGAGACUCUGGAUAUACGAAUGUUAUCGUGAAACGUACGAUCUUCUGGAAAGAAAUGAUUACAAGAAAUUUUAUGAAAUUUUCAACAACGUUGUUUCCACAAACUAUGAAGCUACUCUUCAUGGUGUUUGUCCUGGUAAUAAAAGUCCAAUAUUUACCAACGUGUUGAGUGAAAAAUCGCUGAAUGAAGAUGUGAAAGAUGUUAAUCUGUUACGCGCUCAUGCAUGUGCAGCACUAGAAAAAUAUAACUCAAAUCUAAUGCCACAUGCAUCUUCUCUUGAGCAGGCCACAAAAAUUAUGCGAAUGAUAAGAAUUGGAAAACGUCCUAUGAUUAUGGUUGGAGAAAUAGGUAGCGGACGCAAAUCAAUUUGCGAUUUGGCAAUAAUGAUGCUCAACCACAGUCAAGACAAGCUGGCUCUAAUAACAAGUCAUUCCGACAAUAUCUCUAAAAUUUCCGAACAGAAAACAUCUGAAAUGAUUACCACGAAAGAAAAAUCGUCUGAUGAAAAUAACACCGAAAGUAAAUUAUCCGAAGGAAAAACUCAGUCCGCUCUAAGUGAAAAUCGAUCUCAGAAUGGCUCCGAAAAUCAAUUAAUCGAAACAAAAGCUUCCAACAUAAUAAUCGAAAAUUGUAGAAGAUACUUUUUGUUUCAUCUCGAUAUUUGUUCUGAAGAUACGAUAGAAGUCUUAAAUGCUAAAUUUAAAGAACUCUUUAGUCAAUGCUUAAUAGGCUAUACAGUAUGUUUCAUUUAUAUGGAUGUGAGUGAAAAAAUGAACAGGAAUGCAAUGGAGCUCAUGGACCACAUCAUUGUUAAAGACACGUUCCUAGGGCUUUAUGAUUUUAACACUUCCACGCCUUCGAUCAGCAAAAACGAGUGGUUUCUAAUAAGAAAUAAUCUACAGUUCAUUUGUUGCGCCCCGAAGCAAAACGACUUAUAUAGGUUAUUUGCGAAUAAUUAUCCAGCAUUGGUAGGAUUUGCAACAGUCAACUGUAUACAUUCGUUGAAUGAAGAGAGCCUAUUCGAAAUAUCAAAAACGUUCAUGACACAACACAUUGUUUUCGAUAUUCCUAUACUAAGUGAAAAGGAUCCCUCAAAGAAAAGAAAACGUGAAAGCUUAGUACAGAGCACCGAAGACCGAUUGAAUCAGUCUACUUCAGAAGCCAUUUCAAGGAUGCACUCCACUGGAGUAAGUGAAAUAGAAAAUUCUUAUCCCAAUAACGCAGUACUGGAUUGCUGGUAUUUUGAAUUACUUCAAGUGUUCAAAACGUCUUUAGAAACUCGUCGCUCUAUAUUGAUCACAAUGUAUCGGAAAUAUUACACAGGAAUUCAAAAAAUCAUUGAAGCUGCGCAAAACGUUAUUACGCUUCAGGAGGAUUUGUCAGCUCAAAAAGAACAAAUAAUAGAAUUUCAAAAUGAAAUUCAAGCUUUCAUCAUGGACAUUGAAAUCCAAACCGAACAAGCUGACGAAAAGAGCAAGGAAGUUGCAAUAAAACGGGAAAAAAUAGGCGAAGAAGAAAUUGUGUGUAAACAACUGGCAGCAAUAGCAGAAGCUGAUCUAUCAAAAGCAAUGCCAGCUUUGAAUGCGGCUAUCGCUGCGCUUGACUCCCUCAAUAAAAAGGAUAUGAAUGAAAUCAAGUCCUAUGCUCGACCACCAGUCAAAGUUGAACUGGUUCUAAAUGCAAUAAUGAUAUUACUUGGAAAGGAACCUACUUGGGCUGAAGCAAAGCGACAGUUGGGAGAGCAAAAAUUUUUAGAUACUCUUCGUAACUUUGACAAAAACAAUAUAACUGAUAAAGUACUUAAAAUAAUUGGUGGAUACGUCCGUAAUCCUGAUCUCGAACCUAACAAAGUUGGAAUUGUUUCCAAAGCAGCAAAAUCUCUCAUACUUUGGGUGAGAGCGAUUGAGAAUUAUGGGAAAGUUUACAGGUUUGUUGGACCAAAAAUUAAAAAAAUGGAGGACGCUCAAGCUUCACUGCUUGAAAAACAAGCCAUACUAAGAGCUGCAGAGAAGGAAUUGGCUGAUUUAGCACAACGUUUGGCUCUUCUUCGAAGCGAAUACGCUGCCAAAAUUCAAUGUAAAAAAGAGCUGGAAGAAAAAGUUCGUCUGAUGGAAAUAAAACUUGAACGAGCGCAACAACUUGUAGAAGGAUUGAGCAGUGAAAGAAGUAGAUGGACUAAUACCGCGGACAGUCUUUCAAAAGAAUAUUCGUUUGUUAUAGGAGAUUCGCUUUUAGCAGGUGCCUGCUCAGUUUACCUGGGAUCGUUAUCAUUGCAUCAGAGAGAAGAACUAAUAUCAUCAUGGAAAUUGGAUUUAGAAGCUCAUGAAAUUCCGUUCUCCGAAACUUUUAAGUUGAUAAACUUCUUUCACACAACGGAAGACGUACAACAUUGGAAUAAUUUUGGAAUACCGUUAGACAAUCUUACAUUAGAAAACGCUGCAAUUUUACUCAAUAACAAAAUUCGUCUACCAAUCAUUAUAGACCUUCAAGGAGAAAUACAGCAAUGGCUAUGCCAGAUGCAUGAUUCUUCGAAGAUAAAAAUUUUUGAUUUUAACGACACUAUUCCAGAAAAAUACAUAGUAACGGCCCUCGAAGCUAACAAAGCCACUCUAAUUAAUGAAAUUCAAGCUCAAAAUGUACACAACCUUUUUGCGAUAGAAAAACUAUAUUUCAAGGUAGCUACAAAGAUCUCAAAAAAAUCGAAUAUAAACUUUUUUCUCUUGAGCAAUGAAAGCAUCGUUUAUAAAAAUUGGAUGAAGAAAUCCUUCAAAAUAAUCAAUUUCGUAUUUGGGAAGGAUGAACUAGAAGAUAAAUUAUUAGGUGUUGUCGUGGAAAACGAAAAUCCUUCAUUAGAAGAACGCCGCAGACUGAUAGUUCAAACAAUUAUUGAGAACAGAAAAACACUGGCAGAACUUGAAAAAAACAUUCUUGAAAUACUGAACGAAAGUAAAGUACCUCUUAUAGAGAAUGAUGAGCUUUAUAAUGUACUUCAAUACUCUAAACAAACCGAAGAAUUGAUGAAUACUGGACUUGCCAAUGCAGAAGAGGCAAAAACGGACAUUGAAACAUCGCGGGAAAUGUAUCGAUCGGUGGCAUCUAAUGCAAGUUUGAUAUUUUUUGUCAUUGAUAGUUUAAAAUUAUUCAAUACUCAAUAUUCCUUUUCAUUGGAUUGGUACUUGCGAGUUUUCGAUAAUUCGUUGACCAAGAGUAUGAAAUCACAAAUAAUACAUGAACGACAGCAUAAAAUAAAUGAUUUUCAUACAUACAAUAUUUUCAAAAACCUUAUAUUGGCCCUGAAACCAGCCGAUGCUCAAAUUUAUGCCUUUAUUUUAUGUACAAAACAACUAUACGAACAAGACAAAAUAAGUAUCAGAGAGUUUAAGUUUUUAAUUAACGGAGCAGGAAAAAUUGACAGAUUGGAACAAGUUGAAAAUCCAAAUACAACUUGGAUUACUUCUGUUCAUUGGGACAACAUUACUGAGCUUGAUAAAUUACCAGGGUUUAGAGGAAUUGCUCUCUCUUUUGUAGAAGAUAAUAUGGAGUGGAAUGAAUGGUACAUAUCUACAACACCAGAACUAGAAAAGCUUCCAGUUAAUUGGGAGCGAAAUUUAACACCUUUUCAAAAAUGUAUGGUUGUCCGAUGUUUACGGUUAGACAGAUUCCAGCCCUGUUUGAAGAAUCUCAUAGAAUCGAAUCUUGGGAAAAGAUAUGCGGAGUUUUGCUGGCCCUCGGUUCUGGAUGUUUUGAACAUAUCUAUAGCAAACAUUCCAAUUCUGUUCAUAUCACCUCAACAGUGGAACCCUCUCCUGGAAAUAAAGCGAGCUGCAAAAGCUUAUUCCGAGAACACGGUACCAACAGUGGAAUAUUAUAAUAUCAGUGGAACAUCCCUUGAAAGUAUCGGUCAACAUAUUAAACACUGUGUGCAAGAAGAGAAAUGGCUCUACAUUGACGAUAUCCAUAAAUCGCAUGAGUUUCUAUUACAAUUAAAUCAAGCUUUUCAGUACAUGGAAUCAUUGAAUUCUAAAUCGUCAUUCCGUUUGAUGUUGAAGACUAUCGACAAAGCGUGUAUCCCUUCCAAAAUUCUAAAAUAUUGUUCGAAAUUUAUGUAUACUGAACCAACGGGUGUUAAAUAUCACAUGAAUGGCAUCUAUGAACAAUUCGGGGAGAAGCAGUUUCAAAAGAUAACAAAACAUCAGAUGAUUUACAGAAAAUUGUUUUUUAACUUGUCAUAUUUACAAGCGAUCUUGCUAGAAAGAAAUAAAUUUCAACAAUGGGGAUGGUUGGAACAGCAACAUUUUAGUUUUCUUGAUUUCCAGCUUAUAGAAAAAAAUAUUCCAUAUAUUAUUGAUGAGCUUAUUUUACCAAAUCAAGGUUUGAAAAGCAAGCUUCGUGGUGCGGUAGAUCAAUCUUCAGAAACUAGUUUCGCUAUAAAACUAUGGAAAUUUAUGCAAAAUAUUGUCUCAUCUGUUGGUUAUGGGGGUUCAAUCAAUAAUCAAUGGGAUGAAAGAAUUUUGAACACCCAUUUUAGAGAAUUAUUCAAACCAGAAUCUAUUAUCCAAGUGCAAAAUACCGUUGUUUUAUCGAAAGAUGUUCAUCCUAUGCCGCGUGAUGGAAACUACAAAUCGUAUGUCAAUUUUAUUAUGAAUCAACUGCCACACAGUGAUGCAGCAAGCGUAUUCGGACAGAAUGAAAAUGCAAAUAUCAAAUAUUUAGAAUCACAAUCUAAUUACAUGCUCGAAAAGCUGCAAGGUGUACAUCUGGAAACCAAGAUAGAUGUGUCAAGAGACUCCAGUGAAUAUGAUAUCGAAUACAGUAAGGUACAGAAAACAGCUGCCGAGCUGUUGUUGGCACUUCCUGUUAGUUUAGACUACGACAAUGCUGUUAGGAUUGUGAGAACAAACAGAACGCCAAUCUCAGAAAGCCUUUUGAAUGAAAUCAAGGCAUACAACAAAAUUCUUGAUGUUGCUAGAAAAAAUCUCGAGCAUAUCAUUAAAGUACUGUCUGGAGAGUUUCCGCUGUAUACAGAGUCUUUAGGCUUAAUACAGUGUAUACAAUUCAAUAGUCUACCCAGAAAAUGGAUUCAUUAUCCCUGCAACAAACAUCUUUCAGACUGGAUAGUUGAACUGAAACAAAGAUGUGAUUAUUUUAGGAAAUGGUCUGAAACCGGUCAUUUUGCAAAUGACCUGAUGUUGCAAAUGUUUACAAAACCUAAAAUUUUCAUGGGAAAUAUGUUGAAGUUUUAUUCUGCAGUUAAAAAAAAGCCAUUAAGUGACCUUGGAUGGUCCACGUCAGUUUCUCUUACAAUGAACCCUUUACUAACGUUAUCUCAAGAUGAAGGAUUUCUUAUAAGAGGUCUACUUCUUCAAAACGGAUCAUGGAAUAUAGAGAAACAAUGCCUACAACUACCUCGGAUACUAGAAAUGAACUGUCUAAUGCCACCAAUUAUUUUUAAACCAUCUGAACGUGACUAUAAUCAUCAAACCGAAGAUACUUACUACUGUCCAUGUUUUAUUUCCUCGGAACGUUCGACGAAUUCAAUAAUCUUCAAAAUAUGCCUCAAGAAUGGACAAGUACAGAACGAAACGUGGAUUAAGUAUAAUACCGCAUUGACUCUUACCAAUUAAACCUCAUUUAAGAGUGUAGCACUUAGAAUAAUCAUUAUCAUGAGUACAUUUCGAAUAAGUUAUCAUGUUUUGGGUAUUAAUAAUUGAGUUUUCAGUACUUAACAUCAGAUAAUGAUUUUUCCAUGUUUUUUGUAUACCAAAUAUAUUUACUAUUGUAAACAGAUGAAA